ACACCGGGAAAGACCUGACCACCAGCAUGAAAUACUUGGCUCUGGCUGUGCUGCUAUGUGCUCUGGCGCCACUGUCAAAUGCUCAAUGCUUCCAUAAGGCCAUGAAACCAGGCGUGACCCAUUGUCAGGACGAUGUGGAUCAGACGUGGCAUGCUGUGGGAUCUAGAUGGAGAAACAGUAGAUGUAUGGACUGUGAAUGCGGUGGCUGCUGUGCUGGGUAUUCAACCCCCACACAUUUCCCUGAUGACUGUGUGUCAGUUUUUGACUCUCAUGCUUGUGAAUACAUAGUGCACAAGAAGAACGACCCAUCCAUAUUAUGUCCAAUUUAUGGAGCAGUAGGGAAGUGAUGGCUGUUAUGAAGGUCUGCAGUAUUUUCUUGGACGAGUGAGAAAGAUGGAGUUGGGAUCCCUCACUGGCUUCUCACCGGGAAACACUGCCUGUUGUGUUGGUUGUAACACACGACCAAAC